UAAUCGCUUCGAUUAUCGGCGGAAUAUUAUUAUUAGCGAGAAGCGAACGAGAAUCACGAGACUUUAUGCCCUGCUACGAAGUGGCAUAAAGGCCGGAGGUCGUGAGUCGUUUCGAUAAGGCGAAAUCACGGUCCACGGUCUUUCACGAUCACAAUAAGUAACACGAACGAUCGGCGAACGUGCAGUCGAUUUUGAUUACCGACGAUGAGGGACCUGAACCGGAAGUCGAACGGAGAGGAGCGAGUCAACGGUCACACCGGGGACAACGACCUCGACUCUUCCACCGUUCACAGCAACCCGCCGGAGGAGCUGUCCGACCCGUACUGCGUCGAGGAGAGCCCCAACAAGAUCACGUUCGAGGACGUCACAUCCGCCGCGUUCAAGAUCAAAUGCGGGAUCAUCAACACCCCUUGCGUGAAAUCGCGUCUGUCGGAAGCGAUCGGCAUCGACCUGUACCUGAAGAAGGACUUCCUCCAAGCGACCGGAAGCUUCAAGGAGAGGGGUGCGAGGUACGCUCUGCUGAUGCUGGAGGACGAGCAGAAGAGGAUUGGCGUGAUCUCAGCCUCGUUGGGUAACCACGCGCUUGCCCUCUGCUAUCACGGGAACAAGCUCGGUAUACCGGUGACGGUUGUGAUGCCGGUGCUCGCGCCGAUCAUGAAGAUCGCCGCCUGUCGUCAAUACGGCGCGAACGUGAUCGUCGAUGGCCUCGAUAUGGGAGAGGCAAAGCGUAUCGCGCUCCGUCAGGCGAAGGAGAAAGGGCUGACGUAUAUAAAUGGAUACGAUCACCCAGAUAUCAUGGCAGGGCAAGGUACCCUGGGCCUCGAGAUCGUCGAGCAGGUACCCGACAUAGAUGCGGUGGUCGUUCCCAUCGGUGGCGGUGGUUUGAUCGCUGGUGUAGCUCUAGCUGUGAAGACCCUCCAUCCGAACGUGAUGAUCAUCGGCGUCGAGUCGGAAAGGUGUCCGAGUUUCUACAUGGCGCGGAAAGCAGACCGACCGAUCCAGACUGUCAUAGAUUCGACUUUGGCGGACGGCCUGGCUGUACCAAUGGUGGGCUAUAAUGCUUUCGCCACCGCGAAUCCGUUGGUCGACAAGCUGGUCGUGGUGAAAGAGGAAUGGAUAGCGAUCGCGAUCUUGAAGCUGGUCGAGAACGAGAAAUGCAUCGUCGAGGGAGCUGGCGCCACCGGCCUGGCCGCCAUUUUGGCCGGUCAGCUGGAGGAGCUCAAAGGCAAAAGAGUGGUGCUGCUUCUCUGCGGAGGGAACAUCGACACGACGAUCCUGGGCAGGUGUCUGGAGCGUGGACUGGCAGCGGAGGGCCGGCUUUUGAAGUUUACAGUGACCGUGUCCGAUCGGCCGGGCGGUAUCGCCGAGCUCUGUAGAAUGUUGGCCAGCAUCGGUGUGUCGAUAAAGGACAUCAUGCACGAGCGGGCUUGGAUUAUGUCGGACAUCUUCAGCGUGGACGUGAAAGUGGUCUGCGAGACCAGGGACCGGGAACACGCGGAACAACUGAAGAACAUGUUGCACCAGAGUUAUCAGCGGGUCGUGUUCGGUACCAGCGACAUGUCCACUCUGAAUUUACCUCUCAGCAUGUGAUUUCUCUCAUUCGAAAAUUCAAAUAACGCUCGAUAUACGUACCUGCUAUCGCGCGCCACACGGAUUGCGAAUCUUGGCACCUGGCACGAGCCUCGUUCCAGUGUCAGCGAGCGAGAACCUUGGUCUUUUCUUCACGCCGCGAGACGACGAUCUAUUUAUACACAGAACAGAAGUCGAAACAAGUGUGUUUAGAGUCCAGAUGUAGUUUGAAUUCUUGCGUGAGCUAGUUGGUGAGCCACAGAGAUUCCCAUUGUAGCCCUCGAAUUAUUGUCUCAGUAGCGAGCGAAGUUUUCACGUAUCGACAGAGACACGACAGCUACGGUCGCUCCAAAGAGCAAGCUGCUGGCAAGUUACAAACGCACGCCACCCCUCCGCAUGCGUAAUUUCCGUGGAGGAAGGGGGGCGCGAGAUUCGAGAGCCGCCUGUGCGCAACACAACUCCCGCACACUCGCAAAAUUUAUUACCGUUACCGAGCUCUGAGAGAGAGACAGAGAAACAGAGAGAAAGAGAGAAAGAGAGAGAGAGAGAAACAAGCGAAAUUCCACCCUCUUGCUCGUACACCGCUUUCGUCGCGUUUUAUGUCGGAGGUGCGUGUUGCUACCGCUUCCAUACGGACGCGAUUGGAUUUUUGCGCAAGAGGAGUAUCGUAAAGCGUCCGUUUACGAGGGCGAGACGAGUGGCUACGCGACUGAGCUGCUAAUUUGAAAAUAUAUUCCAUUUAAUUCGGAUGGGACGCGAAAAUUACCGGCAGUCGAGGGUGCAUUCGUCUUCGAAGUCCAAUGUAAAAAAAAAAAAAAACAGGAAAAAAAGAGAAAGAUGUGUCAUUUAUUUGCACGUUUGUACCACUUUGUCUCUGACGAUUAAAUAUGCUUAAAGUACA